CUUGCAUCUCUCGUCAUCCCCAUGUCCCUCGCAUCCACCAUCCUCGGCUUCAGCGCCUUUGGCUUCGGCGCCAGGUGUCUCCAGCUCGGCAUCCAGAAGAGGCCCCUCUUUGCCGGCUUCCAUGGCCAUGCCUAUGCAUCUAUCGCCUUCGGUAUCCUCGGCGCCGGUGCUUACGAGGCCGACAAGAAACAGCGGGCGCUCCUGGAAAAGAAGAAGGCUGUCCUUCUCGAACACCGUGAAGCUGAGAACAGGGAAUGGGAAGCCCAAAAACAAGCACACGCCGUCUAGAAGAGGUCUGAGGGUGGAAGAAGAAGGAUUCGGUUUUCUUUUCUGCAUGCGAAUGCAGUGUAUUUCUAAUGGGACACGAGAUAUAUCAAGUGGGGCAUCGAGCAUGGGUGCAAUACAUUCGUGGCAACAGUUAGAGAGGCGUAGCGCAACUUCAGUGACGGCUCUUUUGCAACAAUACGCGAGACUACCAGGAGUUGUAAUCAGGGAUACCAUAAUCUGCCCUCAGACAUGCUGGCCAGAUACUGCAAAGAGUCACACCUUUGACAAACUCAUGUCGUGCCCAAGCAUACA